AUGAUGUUUAAAUUUUUUUAUUUUAAUAUAUUUUUAUGGUUGUAUAUAGAGAGUUAUAAUAUUAAAAAAACACAAAUAAGCAUAAAUAGAUAUGGAAUAGUAAAUAGAAAUGUUGCAAAUUAUAAUGUAUUGAAAAAGAAGAAAUUUUACAAUUACAACAAAGUAAAAAUUUAUUCGUCUAAAGAAAAAGAUUCAGUAAAUAGAAGAUAUCAAAAUAUACUAAGGAAAUAUAUUUUUAAUUUUUAUAAAAAAAAUUCGUUACUUUUUAUAAAAAGUUUAGAAUACAUAAAAAAUAUAUUUAGAAAAACUAAAAAUAUAUUAUUUAAAAAUUCAUUACAAAAACAAAUCCUCAUUUCUGUGUGCUUUUUUUUUUUACAUUUCUAUCUUCUUUCUAAACAUUUUCUUAUUCUCCUUCCAUAUCAGCUAAUACCAAAUCAUUCAAAUAUCUUUAUGAGUCUUGAUUUUAAUAAUACACUUUUUAUUUUAGCAUCUUUAUAUUUUCUAAAAGAUAUUAAAAAAAACAUAGAAAAAUUUAGACAGAAAUUGAACUUUAAUAGAUUUAAGCUAGAAUUGCAGGAAAAUAAAAAAAAAAAUAUUUUAUCUAUAUCAGUUCUUUUAAUUGCAUCAUACAUUUUGUCAGGAUACAUAUCCUUAUAUACAGAGAAUAUUUUAAGUUUUUUAAAAGUUUUUAAGUUUUCGGUUUCAGAAAAUAUAAAAAAAUCAUUACAAAUACUAAGCGGCCACUUUAUGUGGGUAGCAUGCAGUAUAAUAAUAAUUCGGAAAUUGUUGUAUCCUUAUUUUAAACAAAAAAAAAGCAAUUUGAAUUUUCUAUACAGAGAAAGUUGGUCUUUUAAAGUAAUAUAUGGUUACAUGUUUUCGCAUUUUAUUUUUAAUAUAGUAGAUGUUUUAAAUAACAUAAUUUUAAAUUAUUUUAACAAUGAUGAAGUAUAUUCUGAUAAUAGUAUUGAUGAAAUUGUAAAUGAAAGAGAAUUAAUAUCAACAAUUUUGUGUAUAAUUAGCCCUUGUUUUAGUGCACCUUUUUUUGAAGAAUAUAUAUAUAGGUUUUUUGUUCUUAAAAGUUUGAAUUUAUUUAUGAACAUACAUUAUUCUGUUAUAUUUUCAUCUUUAUUUUUUGCAAUUCAUCACCUUAAUGUCUUUAAUUUACUACCUUUAUUCUUUUUAUCUUUUUUUUGGUCAUAUAUAUAUAUAUAUACAGAUAAUAUACUUGUUACCAUGCUUAUUCAUUCUUUUUGGAAUUUAUAUGUAUUUUUAACUUCUUUAUAUAAUUAA